GUUCAUAGAUAUAUAUCCACAAUCAGUAAGGCAAAAAGAGAUCGGGCGUGGAAGUCAAGCUAGCAGCGGCAGUCGUCGACCGAGAAAGAGAAGACCGGUUGUCGGACUGAAUUGAAAGCUCUCUUGAGAAGGCGACUAAGAAGGCUAAGAAGUUCUCUAACAAGCAAACCCGCUCCUGCUUAUGAAAUUGACGUCCCCAAGAGUUUGGAAGCACAGUAGGUGGAAAAGAAACUGCAGCACUGCCAUCGGCCGACGGCCUGAAUCAGACGUCGUUUCCAUCAACACUAGCAUUACUGAGCUUGCCAAACGCGGUCAUCUUGACAGAGCACGCGAGCUAUUCGAUGGAAUGCGUGAAAGAACUGUCGUCUCAUGGAACACCAUGAUCUCUGGAUAUGCCCACUGGAGAAAGUACAUCGAAGUUUUUACUUUGCUUUCCUUAAUGCACCGCAGCAGAACAAAGUUUAACGAGUCCACACUUUCGUCUGUUCUUAGUGUUUGCGCUCAUUCAGGAUCGUUCUGCAAAGGAAAGCUGCUACAUGGCUUGGUUUUGAAGUCUGGAUGCGAAAACUUUAAGCUUGUUGGGAGUGCUCUGUUGUAUUUCUACUCAAGUUUUUAUGAAGUUGAAGACGCGAGGAAGGUGUUUGAUGAAUUUCACCAAUGGAAUGAGCUGCUUUGGAGUUUGAUGCUCGUGUGUUAUGUACAGUGUAACCUAAUGAACGAUGCUUCAAGGACCUUCAGCAAAAUGCCAACUCGUGAUGUUAUUGCCUGGACUGUAUUGAUCUCCGGAUACUCGAAAACUCAACAGGGAUGUCAAAAGUCUUUGGAGUUAUUCUCACUGAUGAGGAACGGAGAUGACGUGGCACCGAAUGAGUUCACUUUGGAUUGCGUGGUAAGAGCUUGUGGUAGACAGGGUGAUUUACCAGAAGGAAAGGCCCUUCAUGGGCUGGUAGUGAGGUUUGGUUUUGAACUAGACCUUUCAAUAUGCGGAGCACUUAUUGAUUUGUAUUGCAAUUGUAUGGAGAUGGAUGAUGCGAAAAGUGUAUACAACCAACUGAAGAAUCCUUGCGUGAAUGAUUCGAAUGUGUUGAUUUCUGGUCUUGUUAUGGCGGGAAAGAUUGAAGAAGCUGAAUCUGUUUUCAGAGAGUUGAUUAAUAGGAAUCCAGUUUCAUACAAUUUGAUGUUAAAAGGGUAUGCUUUGUGUGGCCAAGCUGACAAGUCAAAGGAUCUAUUUGCUGAAAUGCAUGAAAGACCAUUAACUUCCACAAAUACAAUGAUCUCUGUGUAUUCCAGGAACCAUGAGAUUGAGAAAGCUCUGGAACUAUUCGAAACAACUAAAGGAUAUCAGAACCCUGUUACUUGGAACUCAAUGAUAUCAGGUUACAAUCAAAAUGCUCAACAUGAAGAUGCGCUAAAACUGUAUCUAAAAAUGCGUCGUGUACCAAUCAGCCAAACGAGGUCUACAUUCUCUGCCCUUUUUCAUGCAUGUUCCUGUCUUGGGUCUCUACUGCAAGGAAAACUUAUUCAUGCACAUCUGGUUAAAACCCCAUUUGACACCAGCGUUUAUGUCGGGACGGCACUUGUGGAUAUGUAUUCCAAAUGUGGAGCCAUUUUUGACGCUAAAUCAUCGUUUGUUGGAAUCGUUUGUCCAAAUGUUGCAGCUUGGACAGCUUUGAUCAAUGCAUACGCACACCAUGGCCUCGGCCCUGACGCAAUCCUACUCUUCAAAGAUAUGUUGGAGCAAAAGGUACUAUGGUUACUGGGUUACGGUUUUGUCAACUCUUCAACACCCCAAACAUCUCAUCAUGGUCUGAAGAGGCCCUUCAUAGUUGGAUUGUUGGGAUGGUAGAAGUCUCUUGUUUAUCAUGAAAUAGAAUUAUAAGAGGAAUCAUGGCCAUUGAACUACAAAAAACCAAUCCUUUUUCCUCUUACUCCCUUAACUGGUACAUCCAAAUGCAGCAACAAUGGUCGCGAUACUGUCUGCUUGUACACACGUGGGCAUGGUGAGUGAGGGCAUGAGAUUUUUCCAUGAAAUGGAAACACGUUACGGCAUAACUCCCAGUCUAGAGCACUUCACAUGCAUAGUGGAUCUUCUUGGUAGAACAGGCCAUCUACUGCAAGCUGUGGAACUAGUAAAGGCUAUGCCAUUUGAAGCUGACAGAGUACUACUCAUAGCUCUCCUCAAUGCGUGUUAUUUCUGGUUGGAUAUGGAAGUUGGUGAAAGGGUUGCAGAGAAACUGUUGCGUUUGGACCCCACCACCAUGUCUGGCUGCAUCAUAAUGUCAAACAUGUAUGCUGGUUUGGGUAGGUGGGGCAGGAAGAUGCGGACAAGGAAUGCUUUGAGAGAAAUCGAAGUGAAGAAGCCUCCGGGUUGUAGUUGGAUAGAGAUCAAUGACAGAGUUUAUGUGUUUUCUGUAGACGAUAGAACACAUCCAAGUCGUUACCAUGUUUGCUCAACUUUAGAACAUUUAAUGGCUAAUGUGAUGAACUCAAGUAAUCCUUCUGUUUUCAGCCCUUCUUAAUUAACUGAAGCUAAUUGGUUUAGUUGCCG